CUAGUGCGCCCACAGAGAUGUCGAUUUCGAUCCCUUGUUCCCGUCGAGCUCCGAUUGGCACCAUCGGAGCACUCAUGUUUCAGCUCCUGGUGGUGCCACUGGCGGCAGGGCCAAUAGCCUUGCCCGGCUGCCCCGAAAGCUGCGGCCACAUUACCGUGCCGUACCCUUUCGGCAUCAGCAAAGGCUGCUUCCACGAGGGCUUUGGUCUCACCUGUGACGAGACGCAGUACCCACCGAGGCUGUUCUUGGGUGAUGGCAUGGAAGUGCUUGGCAUCUCCUUGACUGAUGGCACGGUGCGUAUCCGGAGCAAGGUUUUGCGAUCAAGCUUCUCUGAGUUCAACGGCUCAUGGUCCGGCCCUGCAGUAACCUGGCCCUUCUCGGUAUCAAGCGCGUGGAACUGGUUUGUGGCAAUUGGAUGCAACAUCGUAGCUCAGCUUGGCCAUCCAAGGGGGCUCCAUAGUCAGGACGGGAGCCAGACCAGCACCUGUGCCGCUGCGUGCCUGGACAACCAUCAAAACUUCACUGGCACAUCGUGCUCGGGCAUUGGCCGCUGCCGCGCAUCCAUCGUGUGGGAGCUGCCAUGCUAUGGCAUCCAAGUUACACCACUCGCUGCGCUGAGACCUGACUUGAAUUUAGAUGUUCAAGCUUGAACAGCGAUAGCUAUUACGUUUUCGGAGAUUAUGAAAAAAGACGGUGCCACUGUUCUCAAGGAUACGAGGGCAACUCUUAUAUCACUUAUGGGUGCCAAGGUAUGUUAAUAGUACUUUCAGCUGCGUUCUUACGUAGUUGUGGUAGUUAUAACAUUACAAAAGAACAUGCAUGUGCUAUCUUAGUUUUUUCCAUUUGAUGUAUAAAC